CACGUCGUUUGCGAUCGUUUCUCUCGAGUCUUGACCCCGCAAUCUCUCUUCGACCUUCGCUCCCCUACCCCUUCCUCGCCAUUUCUCCAACCGGCGCUGGAUGGUCAGAGGCAACCGCCAAAACAACUCUUGGGGGUUCAGCUCUCGAUCUCCCAAGUAGUCACCUCGCUGUCCAUAUUCGCCUCCCCGCAAUCCCGAUACCUCCCCCAUUCGAUCUCUCGCGUCCCGGAGAGCUCUACCGAUACCACGAUACGACGACACCACGAUACCCCCGCCGUGAUUCCCGCACGAGGAAAGGCAAGCAAGGCACCGCUGCUUGAAUGGACCCAUCCCCGCUGGCAUCUGGCUGUGUCGUUCCCACGUUGUCGAUCUUGAUCUCGUCCGAGGUCAUGAUCUGAAGGGGCCCCCCGUCCCGAUCACACACUUGCCAGAAGCAUGCCCCCUGAGCACGACCUCGCCACGCGACACCAUGUGCCGGACAUCCCCUCGUCUCCGAUCAUGCCUCAACAAGAGAGGCCGAAGAGGCUAGCCAAGCGGUACCGCACGGAGAUCGCCGCCAGUGCCUCCAGUGUGGUCUCUACCGUCACCGCUUUCCCGCUCGACAGCGUGAAAACCCGCAUGCAGACCUAUCGCUACAACGGCUUCCUCGAUUGCGUCCGCCACACCUACCGGACGGAGCAUCUGCGAGGUUUCUUUCGCGGCGUCCUGGCCCCCAUGGCCAGUGUCACUCUUGUUAGGACGGUUUCCUUUUCCAUUUAUCAACGAGCCAAGUAUGCGUAUUCCGGCUGGAUCCAGAAGAACAUGGGCUUCAACGUUCUGGAGCAUGUCAACACCAAGGGCACCUACCCCAACAUGUACUCGAUCGCCUGCCUUGGCGCCGCUGGCGCCACCGCCGGAUCCUGCAUUACCGUAGUCGCCUGUCCGUUCGAGUUAACCAAGUUGAGCGCUCAAGUCUCGGUUCUCUUGUCCGAUAAGAAGAAGCUUGCCGAGUCCAACUGCCGCGUGCAAAACGGCCACGCCAUUGCCGCCAGCUAUCAGAACAAGGGCACUCUGAAGACCAUGUCCAACAUCAUACGUCACCGAGGUCUCCUGGGUCUCUAUACCGGCUUUCGAUUGCAUUUGCUGAGAGACACUCUGGGCACUGCAAUUUAUUUCAUGGUUUACGAAAGCGGCAAGCAGUUGGGUACCACAUUUGGAGGAGAUCAUCCCACGGGUAACAAACUGGCCAUCCUCACUUCAGGUGGUCUAUGUGGUAUAGUAUCCUGGGCUUUAAUCUAUCCGAUUGACUCGGCUAAGAGUAUAUAUCAACGCAACUCGUUGUUGUAUUCCAAGGGCCAAAAGGCCGAUGCACCCCCGAAGAUCGAGUUCUUCCGGCGUCACAUGUACCGUGGGUUGGGCGUCUCUAUGGGACGUUCGUGCGUCGUCAAUGCCAUCUUUUUCUCUGCUUUCGAGGUAAUCAAGAAGCAAAUAGACACUCUGGAGGACUAGUAGAAAAACGGUCUCGUCACAACACCAAUGUUAUAGGGGAACGAAAGAGAGGCAAAAUGGUCACAUGAAGUGUCGCGAUUAGGCGAGGCGGGAAGUGAAUUCAUAGCAAUACAGAGAGAGAGAGAGAGAGAGAGAGAGCUGUAUGGAUACGGUUGGGGAGGGCGUUACGGUUUGUACUGGCCAUCUGCGAAAGCCGAGAGCACCAAAAUCUGUCAGCUCUGGGAGCAAAGCCAGCGGCUGCUGGAAUUACGGUAAUCUCAUGUUGACUUGUCGACGAGUUAAGAGAAUUUGCCCACCGUGGGGAUAGCAUGUUUCAUUUCACGAAUCGCCGUUUGAAUGUGUUCGUUCAAUUUGUCGAAUUAGACGUCUCUG